CCUUCGUUCCUGCGCUGCGGGGCUGGUAGCCUGAACUUGAACAGGCUUGGUAGACUUCAGAGAGCUAGUCACAACAACGUCCCGUCCGCACCGUGGAAUCGGGCAGUCUGUAAUUCGUGCCAGGUUGUUCAUGAUAACUUCACUUCAUUUAGCAUAGCCAAGUGAUUGAUCUUGGUCGAUCCCGGACUGUGGAUACCCAAGUCAAACCUUUGCACAGAAUGUCCAGACGCAAACUCGGAAGCCGACCACAACACCUGACUGCAAUUCAAGAUGUCCCGGAAUCCUCAAACUCGGCAGCGGGCGCCCCAUUGGUGGAGAGGUCGUCUCAGCCAGAGGUCAGCAGGUGUGAUGAAUGUCGUGACCUCCUGACCUGUGGCCAGUGUGGCCAGGCCUUCCCUCUCGCCCACAUCUUGGCGUUCAUCCAGCACAAACAGGGUGGCUGCCGCUCUCGAAGCCACUCCCCCAAUGCCAACACUCCUCCGUCCCCAGCCAAUCGGACGCAACCACGCCGCAUGAACACUGGCACGGGUGAAGGAUAUGUAGAGCUGAGGAGAAUCAUGGAUAGGGACGAGUCCUGGGGGGAGGAGCCCAAUGGGAAGGUGAAGGCGGAGCCUAACCGAACAGCCGAGGAGCCCUCUGGUUUUACCUGCCAGCAGUGUGAGGAUGUGUUCCCGUCGGCCUGGGCCCUUCUCCAGCAUGCCCAGCACACUCACUCCUUCAGCAUCUACCAAGAGGAGGAGGUCGACGAGGAAGUGAGAGGAGGAGGAAGGGGAGCUCACCGACGACUCAAACCCCCCACCGCCACACUCGACCCCCGUCACCUCAGCCGUACCUUGGCCUCCGCAUUCCAGCCGUCCGGCUCGCGCCCACAUCCCCACCGCCAGAGCAACAGCUCCACCUCGGCCCGGUCCAACUCCGCCCCUUCCUCCAGAGACCAGCAGGCCCUCAACUUCUCGGUGCUUCUGAGAGAGCUCGCCGAGGGCAGCGGUGGCACCGGCUCUGCCGUCCUAGGCCUGGGCCGCUCUCCAUCCCUCUCCCCACCCGCUGCCUCUCCCUUCCCCCAGGGAGGGUUCCCCUGCGAGCUCUGUGGCCAGGGCUUCCAGUCCCUGCGGAGCCUGUCUGCCCACCGCAGAACUCACGCCUGUGAGAAGCCCUAUCACUGCGGCCUGUGCGACCAGGCCUUCUCCCAGAGCGGCCAGCUGGCCCGCCACAUGAGGACCCACCGCAGGGUGGCUGGGGGAGGAGGAGCGGGCUACGAGGGGAUGGAGAUGAGGCGCGGGGCGAUGGAGGAGGAAGACGGGAAGCAGGGGGAGAGGGGGGGGUUUCUGACUCAAGAAGCAGAAGCGGGAGAUGGGGUGGUCAGCAGUGACCAGGGGAACCCUGAGCUGGACCUGACUCUCCCCAAACACCUCUCCACCGGCUCUGGCCUGGUGCUGAUCACCCCCCAGUCUGGAGGUUCCAGCAGGAGCCUGCUGAGGCUGUUCCAGCCCCAGAGGGAGGGAGGCGAGGCGGGGGAGGACGAGCCCGAGGCACAGGGUGAGCCGCAGCACGCGUCGCCCUGCGCUAGCCCGUCCGAGGGCUCGCUGGAGAGCGGAGAGACGGGCGGGAGCGGGGAGAGCGGCAUCGCCAGCGGCAACUGCACUCCCAAACGCCCAGAGAGGGACGAGAGAGGGAGGGGGGUCGUGGAAUGGGAGGGGGAGGUGGAGAUGGUGGACGGAGAAAGGGAUUGGAGCGCAGACAUAAACAGUGAGGUCAUCCACGACUGGCAGGGGGAGAACGAACAGAGAAGAGGAGGCGGAGGAGGGAAGAAGAAGAGGGACGAGGCAUGCGAGUACUGUGGGAAGCAGUUCCGCAACAGCAGCAACCUGACGGUUCACCGGCGCAGCCACACGGGGGAACGCCCGUAUCGCUGCGGCCUCUGCAGUUACGCCUGCGCCCAGAGCUCCAAGCUCACGCGCCACAUGAAGACCCACGGCGUGCGCGGCACCCGGGCGCCCUUCCUCUGCCAGCUGUGCAGGGUGCCCUUCACCGUCUACGCCACCCUGGAGAAGCACCUGAAGAAGGUCCACGGGCUGAGCCAUGCCAGCGUGGGGGCGUACGCCCAGGCCAGCGCCGCCGACGCCAUGGCCGCCCCCAAGCCGGAGGAGGCCAGCGUGGUGGUGAAGGUGGAGGAGGAGGAGGCCAGCCUGGACCAGAUGGAGGAGGAGGUGGAGGAGGAGGAGGCCAGCCUGGACCAGAUGGAGGGCGGCGGAGCCGAGGUGGACAAGAUGGUGAUGCAGGAGCAGCAAGACCAGGAGGCCCAGGUGGAGGACAGUGUGAGCCCAGCCAGGCUGGAGGACUGUGUCAUGGGCAAGCUGGAGGGCAAGCUGGAGGACAAACUGGAGGACAAACUGGAGGACAAACUGGAGGAACUGGCUGGUGAUGUUAACACAGAGGUGGCCUUGGUAUAAACCAAAAUUCCUCUCCAUGAUCUCUGUUGCCUAACCUACACAUCUGCAUGAUGAAUCAAAAGUGUCUCGAUAAAAGUGCAUUCGUAUGAAACUAAGCAUAGAACCGGUGGUCAGUUCAGACUAGAAAAAGCAGCUGUGGUCACCAGCCUUCACUUCCCUUUCCAAGAGACUCACCCACUCUCAUCCUGCUGAUAGUUAGCAUAUGCAAAGACAAGGGUAAAAAACAAGUGCCUUUUUGACCACAGUACUAAACUAGGACAUGCAACCCAAAGGGGGGCGGGACUUAUGGGGUUCACAGGAAACAGGAAGUGAACCACCGCUGCUCAUCAGAACACAGGAAGUUGAUUACCGCUUUCCGACACAAAACACAGGAGGAUCAUGUGAUCUCCCACUCUGCAAACUGGUGACUAAUUUGGCAAUUAUUAAAUAAAUCUUUUCACAAUUGUAUUCCUAUUACUCGUGUGAGACAACAGUCAGGAUACGUUAACAGAUGAACAUGGGAGCAUAUCCUGUGGUCAUACCGUAAGGGUCAGACCCAGAUAUCUUACUGCUGGAUGUUUCAAAUAAUAAAAUACAUGGACAAGUGAAUUUUUAGCGUAUAGUUUCUUUAACUGUCAGUUGAAAAGGCACUUGGCUGUGACAGCACGUGUCGGUUGGAUGUAAAGUUUACAGGGCUGUGGAGCCUGGUGAGGUUGGGUUCCUAUCUUCGUGUAGGGCCGUUUGUUGUUUUAUUUUUAUAAAUGUGAAUAUGUCAUGCUGAUGUUUUCUUUGCUUGGCUUCUAUGCAUCUCAGAAAUGCAGUACAUUUAAAAAUAUGUACAAAUAUAAAACGGGUGUGAUAAAAAAAAAAUCUUUACCUUUUUGUACUUGACUAUUGUGGGGGAACUUUUCUUUGUUUACAUUUUUGUAAAAAAAAAAAAAAAAAAAAAAAAACCUGCUUGAAGCGUAUGCAUGUUUUACUGCCAUUUGAUGUUCAAUUGGUUCCUUUGCCUGUUUGAAUUAGUCCUUAUUUAUGGGCACUGCAUGUUAGUGGUUGUGCAAAUGAAAAGUCUAUAUACAGCUAAACUACAGGGUUGAGAGCUACAGUAAUAGCUAGUUGAUUGGUGGGAGAAUUUUGUGGGAACCACUGAAUGAGCACUUGCGUGCGUGUGUGUGUGUUGCGACGUGUGUAUACAGGGACAUUAUUCCAGAGCACUCUGCUUGAACCCAUGCUUGUACUGUCCUGUGAGUACUUUUCAGGCCAUGAUGUGACGAGUCCUGUGCUUUGUGCUUCAAGCCCACCGAGGGUCAUCGGCUUGUGUCAACAGGGACGCAAGCCAGGAAGCAAGACAAGAUAACCUGCUAGCGAGCGCAUCCGCUAGCUGUCUACCUACGAUGGACGCCUCUCUCUUAUGUGACUACUGUGACUUGUGUUGUCGUUAUCGUCUAUUUACACUGAUAGCAGGGAAUCCCUAUUCUUGACACUUUCUGAAAGAAUUGUAACUAUAACGCUUUGUGAAAUUAGACAAUAGGGUCGAUGUGAAUAAUAUGACGGGAAUAUGUCUGUUCAGGGACCAAUACUGUAUAUAGAAAAUGGCAGUCUUCUGUGCCGUGUUGUCCACUGCCUGUACUUGCUGUAUGCCUUGAACUCACUAUCCCAGCAUUCCAGUUGUAGUUUCUGUUUCUCUGGGCCCAUUGCCGUGAGCCUAACCCUCACCACUGUCUCUGGCAAUUUUGUUAUUGACUUGGUUGUGAGAAAACUCCAUUAAAAAGGUACAAGAAGCAAAGCCA